AUGUUGAAACGUGGAAAAUUAUAUACAUUGGAUAAUGUACCUAGUACAGAUUCAUUAAGGGCUGCACAGGCAAUUUUUAAAAAACAUAGCAAUGAUACAUCUUCAUUACCUAAUUCUUCAACAUCAAUUAGAAUUACAAUUACUGAUGAACCAUUCUUAAGUAAGAUUAAUGAUAGAGAUGCAAAAUUAGCUGCAAUGACAGCGGUUGCUGCAACAAUUUCAUCUGAUACAAAUGAUAAUGAUAACGAUAGUACACAUUCAUUAAUGUUAGAACCAAAUAUACCAUUAUCAAAUUAUAGAUCUCCUUCAAAUUCUUCUUCUGUAUCUUUAUUAUCUGUAUCAUCACCAAGAGGUAACGAUGUCAUUAAAAAAAUUCAUUCAAGUCAUCGAAUAGUAACACCCCCACCGUCAUUGUCAUCAGCUGUACAGGCCGCUGCAUAUAUUGCCAAAGAAUCAAUUAACUCACCUUCUGACCAAUUAUAUGGUUAUUGCAAUGAUUCAUUGGAUGAAUUAGAUCAUUCUUUACAGACAAUGAAUCUGCUAGAUAUACCUAGAUCUCAAUAUCAUCAUAUUUCAAAAUUACAACAUGUUAAGGAUAAAUUUCAUAAAAGAAAUCAUAAGAAAAAUUAUUCAAUGGAUCAUCACGAUAAAUUAAUACUUUCGAAAAAAUCAAAUAUAUUAAAGAAAACGUUACGAAAUGAUAGUAAUACUUCUGAAAUGACUAAAGAUGAUGAUGAUUAUGAUAAAAAUAAUACAUAUGAUAGUAGUGAGGAUGAUGAAGACGCUGGAGAUGAUAGCAAAGAAAAUGAUAUAUUAGCACAUUUAAGAAACAAACACAACUCACCAGAUAGGUUGUCUAAUCAUUUUCUGGUUAGUUCAAAAUAUAAUAAUGGUAAUCCACAAGAAUCUCAUAGAUAUAGAAAAGUACUCAAAAGAACAUAUAAAACAUCUGCACAAAAAUUGAAAAAGACAAUUAAUCUAUCACCUACGUUAAAGAACAAAAGUUCAGAUAAAAAUAUAAAAAAUAAGAAAAAAUGUUUUAAUGAGGAUAAACCAUGGAAAGCUCAUCGUGACAUUAAUUUCAUUAAUCUAGACGAACGUAGGAGGUAUGAAGCAAUGUGGAUGUCUAAUAGAUUUAGGUAUCUAACAACAUUACAUUGGUGGCCUCCAACAGACAACUCUGAUAUUUUAUUGCCUAAGGAUGGACUCAUUCUAUCAUUAAUUGUUCAAAAAAUAUGGCAAAGAUCUAAUUUAUCAAAUCCAUUGUUGGCCAAUAUAUUUGAUUUAGUUGAUUGCCGAAGGGAUGGAACAUUGGAUAGAAGAUCAUUCAUUGUUGGAAUGUGGUUAGUAGAUCAAUGUCUAUAUGGCCGAAAAUUACCACGUACAAUACCACAAGAAGUAUGGGAUAGUGUUGACAGAUUCGCAGUCAACGUCGCCAUGAACGAUAAAUUUAACCUAAAGACCAAGAAGAAAAUAUUCAAGAAAGAAGUUAAAAUGAUUAAAAAGACUAAAUCAUCUCCUUAG